AGGGCGUUACCCAAAAUCUUAUCUCUCUCAUUCGUAUGCACGUAAAUCAGAGUGUGAGGGAGAAACACCGGUGGUCUCUCCCCUCUGGUUGUAAUUAUCGAUUCUUUUAGUCUCAGCUACAACGGGAAAAAUAAAGUGCAUGCAGUCGGUUGCAGAUGGUUUAAAAAAUUACUGGGAAUUGCCAAGUAACUAAUUACCAUGGAAAACAAGCAAGCACCACCACCAGGAUUUGUUCCACCUCCACCAUACACUGCUGGACCACCUCAUGCUGCUCCACCAGGACCAGCUGUCUUCAUGGUUCAGCACGUCGCGUUAGGACCGGAAUCCCAGAGGAUGUCGUGUCCUCAUUGUCAUGCUGACAUUUCGACGAGAGUCGAGACACAGUCGAAUACUAAAACUCAUCUUUUUGCCCUUCUUCUUUGUUUGAUUGGAUGCUGGCCAUGUGCUCCAUGCCCCUAUUGCAUGGACUCUUGCUUGGCAAAGAAGCAUUAUUGCCCAGCCUGCAAUGCCUACAUUGGCCAACACGAGAACUAAUAAAAAAAACACUCCAAAAAACAAUUAAAAAACCCAACGCCAGAGGAAUGGUACAGAAUAUACAAAAGUAUAAUUCAGUUUAUGUACGAAAUGUAUCACUUCCGUACUUUAUAUGCUCGUCACAGCGUUAUUUCAAAAUGUUAUAAUUUUUAUAAUUUACUAUAUAUUUGCCACAACCAUGGAAUUAAAAAAACCAUCACAACGCUUAAAUAUCAGAGGGAUUAUUAUCCCCGGUAUCUAGAUGUGAUUAUUUAUAAUUGAUUGAAAAAAAAGUGUUCCUUAAGUAACGAAACAACUACAAAUAUUUGUGAUUCAAAAAUGUACACUUUAAUCAUCGAUAUGUGAGGAAAAAAAUGGGGACUUACUCCGAUAUUAACGAUUACUCCAAUUUGUGGAGAUGAUAAAUUGUUUCUCGCAUUUUUUGAAAAUUUAUUUUUUAUGAAAAAUUAUAUGUCCAGUUCCAGCAAAAAUUCAUCGGAAAAUAACGUACUGUAUUGAUUGAUCAGAGAAAUGCUGAUAAUUAUCACGCAGGAUGAGGAAUCAUAAAUAAUGAUUUAAUGAGUGGAUAUUAUUCAGGGCUAUCCGUGCAUUACGCUUUCGUCUCGUAUAACUGAUGAUUACCGCUAAUUUUAUUGUCAAUUUCAUGUUUUCCUCUUGAAUCUUCAAGAUGUCUGUAUUGAUAAUCCUGGAGGUAUUUUACAGUUGUAAAACUUUUGCUGAGAUCUAAUAAAAAUUAUUUUCUAGAUAA